AUAAACAGGUAUCUGUUAACAAAAAGGCAUUUUACAAGAAAGAACAAAGGGAGAAAUUCAUUUGGGAAGCGUCUGAGGAUUCAAGUACCAAAUGUUUUAAUACUAUGGGUGAGCUGGGCUCAAAUUCUUUGGAUGUUUGCCUAAAGCAAUCAGUACGAAGCUAUGAUUUCUCAGCAGUAAAAAUGGAGACAACAUUUUCUCUUUUGUAUGAGAAACUUCUCGAUGCUGAGGACUUUGCUGAUCGUGUAGUCCAAGAGGUCAUUAUAUAUUACUGUCAAUUUGGAAAAGCUCUUAUCCAGAGACGAAGUGAAAUAGCGUCUAAAAAACAAGUUGAUCCAGAAUCCAAUGCUGUCAGUAGAAUUUUAAAUAUGAAAGUUAGAGCUCAGCUUCCUGCAGAUACUUCUGAUGCACUUUUAUGGAAAAGAAUCGAGCAGGCCAAGAAACUCUGGAAGCUUUUUGAUGCAAUAAGCAUGGAUAAAAUUUAUCGGAUACAUUCAUUCUCUGUUAGCAGUAUUUCAAAAAUGACGUAUAAAGACAUUCAGUAUAUCAUAGAUAAUAUGCCAGUUGACUACAGCAUUAAGAUAGAAUCGUCCACCUGUGCUCAGCCGAAAGACACUUUGUUAAGUGAUGAGAAAAAUUCUGAAUUGUCACAUCCUGAUAUCGGUUCAGAAAGUGAUAAGAAAAAUUCUGA